UUGCUUCGAACUAGUCCUUAACGCGCUCGUGUUGCGCAGUGAGAGAGCCGUGGGCUGUUUGGCGCGGCUGUUUCUGCGUUGGCUUUUGCGCAAGACCUUCUCGAACCCAAACAAAAAGAGAAACUGCGAUCAAUCAGCAGCUGAUCCGCGUCUCCGUGGUUCCGUGCGGCCGUAUCGAGUCCCUCACGAUCCUCUCAGACCCCCGGCAGCGAUCCAGAGGAGCGGGUGAAGGCGGAGGUUUUCCCGGAGCCGGUCCGGAUCAGCGCAGGUUCGGUUCGGGUUCGGGUCUGAAGGAAGUGAUGCGGGGGAAUCGUCAACCAUGAUCAUCUACUGACCCAAAGAGCACCAGAAGCACACAAGAGAAGCACACUCUUCUCCAGAGCAGGGAUUCAGAACCGAUCCGGUUCGCCCGGAGGGUGGGAUUAGCUUUAGCUUUAGCUUUAGCUUUAACAUGACAGCAGCGAUGCGCUGAUUCCGAUCCGUUUCAUCAUCUUUCCACAGGCUAGCGGAUGUUCCGGCCGUCUCCAUGGAGAUUCCUCAGAUGACACGUGGCUUCAGUGCUCGGGGAUUUGGGGCAUGGUGACUGCUGUCCGUCAGCCAGAGCAGCGGCGUCUAGCAGGGGCCGUCUGGACCUGAAGGAAGACCUCUGAGACGUGGACGGGACGACCAAUACGGGAACGAGAGCGGGAGAGACAUGGGUCAGUGUGUGACUAAAUGUAAAAACCCCACAUCCUCUCUGGGCAGUAAAAGUGGCGAAAAGGAUGCUGGGAAAUCGCACGGUAAAAAAGGAGGUGGUACAGGCGGCACGCACAACGAGGAAGUGGCCAAGUCCUCCGGCGACGUCAUAUUCAACGGCACCAAAGUGUCAGAGGUGACUGUGGAGAGCAGCACGGCUCCGGCCGUCUCCGCGGAAGCGCAGCGGGAAAAGAGCGCGCAGGACGGGGGAGGAGUGUCGCUCGCGCAGAUCGACGACUUGUUCUUGUGUUAUAAGGACGAUUAUGAAGAUGCCAUCCUGGAGGAGGGGAUGGAGCGCUUCUGCAACGAUCUGUGCGUCGAUCCGGCCGAGUUCAAAGUGCUGGUGCUGGCGUGGAAGUUCCAGGCUGCUACCAUGUGCAAGUUUACAAGGAGGGAGUUUGUGGACGGCUGUAAGGCGAUCCAGGCCGACAGUAUCCCAGGGAUCUGCUCCCGGUUCUCCGUGCUGCUAGAGGAGUCCCGUGGAGAAGAGAGUUUUAAAGAUCUGUACCGCUUCACCUUCCAGUUCGGGCUGGACGCCGAGCAGGGCCAGCGCUCUCUGCAGCGCUCCAUCGCCAUCGCGCUGUGGCGGCUCGUCUUCACGCUGGACACGCCGCCGCUGCUGGAGCACUGGCUGGACUUCCUGUCGGAGAAUCCGUGCGGCGUGCGCGGCAUCUCCCGCGACACCUGGAACAUGUUUCUGAACUUCACGCAGAGCAUCGGCCAGGACCUCAGCAACUACAGCGAGGACGAGGCCUGGCCCAGCCUCUUCGACUCCUUCGUGGAGUGGGAGACGGAGCGGCGGCGGAGAGAACAGUCGGACUCUGAGGCCGCGUCCGUGUGGCCGGGAUCUUGAGGGCGGCCGCGUUUGGGAUGGGGGUGAAUUCUGGACGAUGACGUGCGGAGGUGUUUCUGAGCCCGUCACUCUCCAUCCUCCUGUUCUAAUUACUGUCAUGAAAUUUUCAGUCUUACCGCAUUGUGUGCACUCAGACUUUUGUUUUAAUGAAAGGGCUCCAAACGAAUAGUUUUUUAAAGCACUUUUAUUUAAGUUAUUGCUAUUGUUCCUUUCAUUUGUUUUAACGUUCACAUUCAUCCAGAGCUGUUUCUUCUUGCUAAUAUUUUGGGAUUGACCUACACGCCAAAGAAAAGGGAAUUCUGUCAGCUGCCUACCGAGUUCGAACACACGCACACACACACACACACACACACACACACACACACAGAUAUUUAUGCACACAGGAAACCUGCACACACACAUGCCAGCUAAACGCUGCAGGGGAUGUGUUUUGACGGUUAUUUUUGGUUUGAGGGGUGUGUGGUGGUUCUGUGAUUGAUUGAUGUCCUGAAGCCCUCUAAACCUCAGUUCUCACAUGUGCUUCCCUAAUCCUCUCUGACUUUAUUUGGUUCUUCUCAUUCACGUCUCCUCGGAUGCGUUCAUUCAUUCUCAUGUAUUCUCAGUGGUCAGAUGUGUGCGAGAGGGAAAUACAGAUUCAUUUGAAGUUGGACGUCUGCUGUGAGCUUUUUCUUUUAUUUUACAGUUUACAUUUUUUUUUUUUUAAUUCUAAGUGAUUUCAUUUCAGUCUUUUUUGUCUGGUUUUAUAUAAAUGAUACAGUUUAUAAUGAAUA